AUGGACCGGCUACUCUACACAAAAGUCGUCGCGCCGGCGCGGAGGCUCAUCCCCGGCUACACGAAGCGUCCGCUCGGCUCGGAGGUGCUGCGCGCCUACCUGCGCCAGCGCAGCCACCCGUCGUGGACCAGUUAUUUCAUCAGAUACAGGGACAUUCAGGACGACAACUUUGGCGAGAAACACUUCAACUUUUGCGUCGACGGCCACAACUACCAUAUUUUACGGACCGGCGCGUAUCCGUACAUCAAGUAUCACUGCACGAAGCGCCCCCACCAGGACCUCAGCCUCGAGAACAACCUCUUCCGGGUGAUCACGAUCGUCAAUCUAGGACUGCCGUGCGUGCUGUACGGCCUGGCGGCCGUGGCACUGAUCCGGCAUCGAGAGGAGGUGGCACUUCCCGGGGGUCACGUUGUCCCCAUUCACUUUCUCAUCUACGAGGACCACGACCGCAAGCAG